AUGGCUGAGGAGAGGCCUUUGCCCUGGACGGACAGCGGUUUGCUGGAGCCGGGGGCAGAUGAAGAGCAUGGCCACUGUGCCCUUUCUGACAGUAGUGUCCAUAGGCAGGAACCUGUGGCAGCAUUUGACGGUGGCCAGGCCUGGGAUAUUACCAGGGCUGGUGCUCCUCCCAUCCAGCUGAGGCUUUGUCUCACCGUGAUGAUCAGCAACUCUGAGGACAGGACGUGGGCCUCCAGCCUCGUCUUCUCCUAUGGCUCAGUUGUGCUGUGUUUGGAUCUGUUACAAACUCUGGGAACCUUGAGGGCCUUUUGGGAAGAAGAGAAGCUUGCUGAAACUGCAUCUUCUGCCAAUGGCCCUUCACGGGAGGGGUCCAGGCUGCUGCUUACUAGGGAAGGCCAUCCUGUGUAUCCUCAGCUCCGGCCAGGCUACAUUCCCAUUCCGGUCCUCCACGAAGGCUCUGAGAACCGGCAGCCACACCAUUUCCGUGCCUAUCCCCAGCCUGGGACACAGCGAUUCCGAACCGAGGCGGCGGCAGCCGCUCCUCAGAGGUCCCAGUCACCUCUGCGUGGUAUGCCAGAGGCCACCCAGUCAGAUAAACAGUGUGGCCCCGUGGCAGCAGCUGCAGCAGCUCCGCCCCCAGCCUCCCACGGACCUGAGCGGUCCCAGUCUCCAGCUGCCUCUGACUGUUCAUCCUCGUCCUCCUCGGCCAGCCUGCCCUCUUCGGGCAGGAGCAGCCUGGGCAGUCACCCGCUGCCCCGGGGCUACAUCCCCAUCCCAGUGAUACAUGAGCAGAAUGUCACCCGGCCGGCAGCCCAGCCUUCCUUCCACCAAGCCCAGAAGACUCACUACCCGGCUCAGCAGGGCGAAUACCAGACCCACCAGCCUGUGUACCACAAGAUCCAAGGGGAUGACUGGGAGCCCCGGCGGGCAGCUUCGCCGUUUAGGUCACCGGUCCGAGGCGCAUCCAGCCGGGAGGGCUCGCCGGCCAGAAGCAGCACACCAGUGCACUCCCCGUCACCCAUCCGUGUGCACACUGUGGUGGACAGGCCUCAGCAGCCCAUGACCCAUCGAGAGUCUCCUCCUGUCACUCAACCAGAAAACAAACCAGAAAGUAAGCCAGGCCCAGCUGGACCAGAUCUCCUUGCUGGACACAUCCCGAUUCAAGUGAUCUGCAAGGAGGCAGAUUCUAAGUCUGUUUCCCAGAAGCCACCCCCUCCCUCUGAGAAGGUAGAAGUAAAGGUCCCUUCUGCUCCAAUCCCUUGUCCUUCUCCCAGCCCCACCCCUUCUGCUGUCCCUUCUUCCCCAAAGAAUGUGGCUGCAGAAGAGAAGGCAUCCCCCAGCCCUGCUCCUACAGAAACUACAGCCCCCAAACCAGAAGCUGAGGCCCCACCGAAACAUCCGGGUGUUCUGAAAGUGGAAGCCAUCCUGGAGAAGGUGCAGGGGCUGGAACAAGCUGUAGACAACUUCGAAGGCAAGAAAACUGACAAAAAGUACCUGAUGAUUGAAGAGUAUUUGACCAAAGAGCUGCUUGCCCUGGAUUCUGUGGACCCUGAAGGACGAGCUGAUGUGCGUCAGGCCAGGAGAGAUGGUGUCAGAAAGGUUCAGACCAUCUUGGAAAAACUCGAACAGAAAGCAGUUGAUGUCCCGGGUCAAGUCCAGGUUUAUGAACUCCAGCCAAGCAACCUUGAAACCAAUCAGCCACUUCAGGAGAUCAUGGGGAUGAAUGCCAUGGCAGCAGACAAAGGAAAGAAAAGUGCCGGAAAUGAAGAUCCCCAAACUGAAACCCAGCAGCCAGAAGCCAAAGAAGCAACAGCUGCAAACCCUAGCAGCACCACGGACUCAGCUGGCAACCUCACACCAUAGUCGACCCGCAGUCGGAAUCAGACUUGGAACUGAUCGUGUGCUUUAGGGAAUUUUAAGUUGCAUGUAUUUCAGGAACUUUAAGUCAGUUGGUUUUUAUUAUUUGUAGUCACUUGGUACACAGUAAUUUGGGUGGAGGCAAAAUACUAAUACAAGAGCUAAAAGGAAAAUGAUGCUUUUCUUCUGUAUUCUUAUUCUGUACAGAUAAAGAAGUUGCUUGUUUCAGAAGUUUAACCCCAUUGCUUAUU